AUGUUGGUUGAAGUGGUGGAAUUCAAAGAGGCACUUGACAACAAGGACAUUGAAGCCAUCAUAAAAGAAUGUUGGCAAUAUGCAGUGGAUACUCUCAAAUGCGAAGAUAUCAAGAAUUACUUGAGCGACCAAAAGGAGCAACGUUUGAAAGACAUUGCAGGAGACAAAUUCGACGCACUUUGGAUCAACCGAAAAGAGAACCCACAAGCGUUCAACGCACUGAUCAACAGGACAAAGACAACCCAUAUACGCUUACCAAAAGUUCGGUGCGACCAAGGACCUUUUGACGAAGACCCUGGACAUGGGAGAUUUGGUGUUUGGUGA